AUGACGGGGUCCGUGGACGUAUACUCGCACACUGACUCGCCAAAACUUCCGGCCAAGGGCGAUGAUAUCCGGGCUCUGACCACAGGCCGCGUCAGAAUGCGACAGUGUCAGCCUGGUUCGGUGCUGGAACCGUUUCACUUACCAUUGGUCGGUCCAAUGAUUCAAAAAGCCUCUUCUGAUCACUCUGGAAGAGACGAUUCUGGUUGA